CCAAAACAGCUCAGGACCGAAUUGCACGGCAUUCGGUCAUUUCAGUUGUGCAUUUCACAGAGGCAGAAACCCAGCUGUUGACUUUCUUUAAAAGUCUUGAAGACUUAUUGACAGAGUUGAGAGAACCUUUUAUUCUACCAUGCAUAAUUAUGGAAUAGCAUUAAAAAGUGAUGGAUCUGAAAAAUUAGAUAUCUCUUCAUUUUAGAGAGAAGAUGGAAACACCGCUGGUUUUUUCUCAACUAAAUAUGUGCGAAUCAAAAGAAAAAACUUUUUUCAAGUUAAUACAUGGUUCAAGCAAAGAAGAAGGAAGCAAAGAAGACAAAAUCAGAGCAAAGGAAAAGAGAAAUAGGUUAAGUCUUCUUGUGCAGAAAUUUGAGUUUCACGAAGAAACCCACUCAAGUAGAUCGGGGCACUUGGCCAAAGAAACAAGAGUCUCCCCCAAAGAAGCAGUGAUAUGGGGUGAAUCAUUUGACAAACUGCUUUCCCAUAAAGAUGGACUGGAGGCUUUUACCAGAUUUCUUAAAACUGAAUUUAGUGAGGAAAACAUUGAGUUUUGGAUUGCCUGUGAAGAUUUCAAGAAAAGCAAAGACCCCAAACAAAUUCUCCUUAAGGCAAAAGCAAUAUAUGAGAAGUUUAUACAGAAUGAUGCUCCACAAGAGGUUAAUCUUGAUUUUCACACCAAAGAAGUCAUUACUAAGAGCAUCACCCAACCCACCCUCCACAGUUUUGAUGCUGCCCAAAGCAGAGUAUAUCAGCUUAUGGAACAAGACAGUUACACACGUUUUCUGAAAUCUGACAUCUAUUUAGACUUGAUAGAAGGAAGACCUCCGAGACCAACAAAUCUUAGAAGACGCUCUCGCUCAUUUACUUACAAUGAAUUUCAGGAUGUAAAGUCAGAUGUUGCCAUUUGGUUAUAAAAAAAUCAGUUAUGCUCAUUUUAUGGAUGGCAAACUUGUACAUCUGCUUCCAACAAAUAGCAUGUUAAUGUUAACAAAUGGGCACAUCUUUUAAACAAAAAUACACCAAGCAAGAGGGGUUUUACUAUGUAAAUCAAAGCUAUUAUCCUAAUAAUAUAUAUUGUGUCUGCUAACGUUUUCCACUGGACUUCCUUUCAUUCAUAAUUAGAAAAACUUACCACUCCAUUAAAUAAGCAAUAUUUUGGGGCCUCCCUGGUGGUGCAAGGGGUUAAGACACAACUAUGAAGCUAUCCAUAGCCACUGCAGCACGAGUUCCAUCCCGGGCCACUGAGCUACCCAUGUGGCACAGCAGACCUCUUCUCACUCACCUUCUGCUCCCCUCAGCAAUGUAUUUCAGUAAAUCCACCUGUUCUGCUCCCCACUCUGUCUCUGUUGAAUCCUCUCACCCCCCCCCACACCUCUGGCCUUUA